GUGAAACCUUACCAUCAGAUCUCCAGUGCACACAGACGCAGUUUAUCAUGCUGUAUUCUCUAGGAAGAACCGAGCGCGUCGGCAGAAAAUUAGCACCUUUUCAUGAAUUCGUCGUGCGGACUAUAAAGUCGAAGCCUGCUGAUUUAAAUGUGCAAAGCGCAACAGCAGGGACCGGAAAAUAUAAAACUAUAGAUGACUUACCGGGGCCCAAUCUGGCCACCACUGCAUACUGGCUCUUCGUUAAAGGAUACGCCGAUAAAAGUCAUGCAAUGCAGGUGGAGCAUAAGCGCCUGUAUGGCCCGAUAUGGCGUUCUCGUUUUGGUCCGUUUGAUGUGGUGAAUGUGGCGAAUGCAGACCUCAUCGCCCAGGUGAUCCGGCAGGAGGGCCGGUACCCAAUACGGUCAGAUCUUCCCCACUGGAAAGAGUAUAGAGACAUGAGAGGACAAGCGUAUGGAAUUCAUGUGGACACAGGCCCUGAGUGGUAUCGCAUCCGUAGCGCUCUCAAUCCUAAAAUGCUCAAACUGAAGGAAGUAGCCGCAUACACGCCCAUCAUUCACGAGGUCGUGUCCGAUCUGCUGAAGCGCGUGGAGCUUCUGCGUCUGCGCAGUCACGAUCAGGCCACUGUCACCGACGUGGCUUCCGAGCUCUACAAAUUUGGCUUUGAAGGAAUCUCUUCUAUCCUGUUUGAAACACGACUGGGCUGUCUACAGGAGGAAAUACCCACAGAAACACUGCGCUUCAUAUCCGGCGUUAAUGACAUGUUGACACUUUCAGAGACCGUCCUGUUUUUCCCACGCUGGACCCGAAGCUUCCUCCCCUACUGGAAACGGUUUGUCCAGGCGUGGGAUGACUUGAUUGACGUAGCACGCUGUCUGAUUGACAAGAAGGUCCAGCAGAUAGAAGAUCAGGUUGCUCGUGGAGAGCAGGUGGAGGGGAUGUAUCUCACCUAUCUGCUGUCUAGCAACAAACUCAGCUUAGAAGAGAUGUACAUCAGCCUCACAGAGCUUCUGCUGGGAGGCGUGGACACGACCUCUAACACACUUUCGUGGACUUUAUACCACCUGGCGCGCGAUCCAAAGAUACAGGAGCGACUCUAUAAUGAGGUCAUGGCUGUGUGUCCCACUGGUGAGCCCACUACAGAGCACCUGACCAGAAUGCCUUACCUGAAGGCUGUCAUCAAAGAAAUUCUCAGGUUAUAUCCUGUUGUUCCUGGUAACGGCCGCCUGACUGUGGAUACUGAAGUAGUCGUCAAUAACUAUUGGUUCCCUAAAAAGACGCAGUUUCAUCUCUGCCACUACGCUGUCAGUCACGAUGAAAAUGAGUUUCCCGACCCAGAACGCUUCGUUCCAGAGCGCUGGCUGAGGGCGAGCGCGGCUCGCUCCCAACAUCAUCCCUAUAGCGCAAUCCCGUUCGGUGUUGGAGUGCGGGCCUGCGUGGGGAAGAGAGUGGCCGAGCUGGAGAUGUACUUUGCUCUCAGUAGACUGAUGCAACGCUAUGAGGUCAGACCAGAGGAGGGGGCUGGAACGAUACAACCCAAGACUCGAACUCUGCUGAUUCCCGCUGAACCCAUUAACCUUCAGUUUGUGCCCCGGGCUUAAAGGGACUUUAAUUGUGUACUAUUAAUUCAUUUGAUUUGAACUUCUUUCUGUGAAUUGGAGUAUUUAGAAGGAGCACAUGUGGACGAUCAAAAAACAUAAUGAAAUGAGGUCAGAUAUUUGAACCGAUAUUGACAGCCAAGGCGUGUGGAGACAGAUGAUAAACUUUUCUUGCAAAGUCAUUAUUUGCAGACUAAAGGAAACAAGAUCUUUUGUCUGCAGACAUGCACAAAACCGCAUCUGUCAGUCUGAGGCUAUGUUUACAUUAAUGCGUUUAUGCUUUAAAACGCGUUACUUUUGCUACGUUUACGCCUUUCAUCUACACUACAUCACCGUUUUCGACCCUCAUAAACGGAUUCGUUCGCAAACGCUGAAGACCCUGUUUUAGUUUGAGAACUCAAACGUUGCUCUGAGUGUAAAUGAACGAAGACGGAGUCUUAUGUAAACGAACAGCUGACGUUAACGUGACAGCGCAUCAUUUUCAAAGUAAAAAUUAUUUUAUUCAUGUAAAUUUUGGUUUGCAACGGAGGUUUUGCCAAAAAUAGUAAACAUCUACCAACCAGCUAUUAUAAACGCUAUAUCGGAUUGUUUUAACAUGUAUCCUUAUAGAUAAUGUCUGUUUUAUAUUUAUGUUUGAGUAUUGUUGGGUUUAAUGUGUUUAUGUUUUGUUUAAAUUUAGUUAGCUUACGAAAGAUAGACUGUAAUUUUAAACGCCAUAUAGGCGUUGCAAAGGCCAAUAUGAAGGGAGAAUUGUAAUGGGUCAGACAUUAUUUUCCAGUUUAAUGUAAGUUUUGUUUGCUACUUUAAAAUGAAUUUCGUUUCGGAUAAUUUGUCUCUUAAUUUUAAUCGAUGUUUUGUUGAUAAGUUUUGUGAAUAUAAAUUAAUAAAAACAAUAAACUCAACGUCAUUAAUAUAAUGCUCGUUUAGGCGCUUGGCUUUUAGCUAUUUGUGUGUUGCUAACGGAGGACGUGCACAGACCUCGCACACUUUUAAAAAUUAAUGCAAUAAGCAUUUCUGGUAGGCUAAAGCAAUACUUCACAUCUUACUAUGCUUGAUUGAAGUUUGCAUUUGCUGAAAUUUAUUUUUGCUUCAAGUUCGCUACUGUUUAGUAUUGUUCACUUGAAUGAUUUCUUUUUAAAUCAUAAAGACCUUUCUGUUUAGUUAUAAAAUCAAAAUUAACCAUUAAUAUGUUGUAGGGGGGAGCUAGAACAGUAUAAGACUUUCCCAAACACAUUUUUAUAGGUUCAAAAAUAGUGUCUGUUAUAGUUGCCAGCAAAGGACCCAUGUAUGACUUUUUGUCAAUAUCGCACACCCCUAGGCUGCAUAAACGUGCAAAGGUAAGCUAUUAUUAGAGUAAUAAGUUAUUUUACACUUUUAUACGCAUGCCCAGUUGCGUGAUUGGUCAUGUUUCAUGUGUUUAUGGUGGUGUAUAGUGUGGAUGAAGAUUCUUUUUAAAAUGCCAGUAUAAACGAGGAUCGUUUUCAUUUUAAAAUGCCGUUUUAAAACGCAAAUGCUCUAAUGUAAACAUGGCCUGAACGAGCUCAACGUUUUCCACUUUUGCUGCAUUUUAUAUCCACUCAAUGGUAAAUUUAUGGAAUAAAUAUUGACGACAUGAACUUUAUUUUUUAACCAAGAACAAUGUGAAUAUUUAGCAUUUGGAAAUACACUUUUCCUAAAUAUUUGCUUAAUAAUAGGCAGGAAGUAAGAGAGGAAAUAAUUGUGUAUUUGAGCAAGACUGUGAAGGCUUAAGAUAAAAAUAACUAAAUGCAUAACUAGAAAUUUUCAAAUAAAAUAACUAUAAAAGGUAACUGUAAAUGUAUGUGUAAAUAAACCGGCUGCAAAAUUGCUAGAUUUUCUUUUAAACAUCAUACUCGUUUCGUUUUCCUGAUAAUCAUUGUAAUAUAACCAAGUGUAAUAGACUAUGUAUUUACAGGGCUAUUUCAGUUUUUACAAUGACAUGUGACCCUGGACCACAAAACCAGUCAUAAGGGUCAAUAAAAAAAAAUGGUAAACAAGCUUUCCAUUGAUGUAUUGUUUGUUAGGAUAGAACAAUAUUUGGCCAGGAGACAAAUACUUGAAACCUGGACUAUGAGGGUGCAAAAAAUCUAGAUAUUAAGAAAAUUGCCUUGUUGUCCAAAUAAAGACCUUCACAAAAAAGUUUUGAUAUAUUUAUGGUAGGAAAUUAUACAAAAUAUCUUUAUAAGCAUGAUCCUUACAUAGUAUCCUAAACAUUUUUUGGCAUAACUGAUCAUCUUUAUUGUUGGCUACUGCUAAAAAUAUACCCCUACGACUUAUGACUGGUUUUAUGGUCCAGGGUCACAAACAUUACUUUUAAGGAAGUAUAUAUGCAGUUAUUUGUUGCGCAAGAGUUUAUAUAAAGACAUCCAGAUCUGUUGAAACAUCUUGAGCAACUGAACCACAAUGCUCUUUAAUAAACUUUAGUAACUGUGUAAUGUUGUUGUUAGAGGAUAAAUAAUACCUGUAAAGUUACAGCAAACGUCCAGUUUGGACUACAGCCCUCUACUUCCCGGUUGAAUGACGUCAAAAUUAAAGUUUUUGACUAAGCUCCGCCCACAGGAAUACGUCAGAACUCGAUACGUAUUUCUUAAGGCAAUACUUCAUAGAACAAGGAAGACAUCAGCCCAUUCUAGGAGUGUUAAAACAGCGCUAUAGAGAUAAGUAAAUUGUGUGAAAAAUACUACGUUUUUUUAAACACUAAACAUGAACACACCAUAAACACAAUCAUAGCUUCAAAAAAGCAGGACUUUUAAAAAUGAACGUGCUUGAUUUUAUAAAAAUGUAGGCAUUUAAUAAACUUUAAUAAUUACAUUUUAAUUUUAUACAUGAUGCAUAGCAGGACUAAAAGCUGUUUUGCUGUUCAUUUUGAAUUUUAUAACCAUUUUCUGGAUUGUGCUAUUUUUAUAUAACAUUGUUAAUUAAAUAUAUUUUAACAGUAUUUUAAAGGAAAUGUGUUUUGUUUACAACAUUUUGAAAUAUUUUUUCAAUGGCACAGAACACAGAGACAGGAAAAAGCACAACUUUCGCUCCAACCAAACUUGUAUAUAAAUCCAGUACUGUUAGUCACUUUAUAGAAAUAUUAACUUGAGGGAUUUCCAUCUUUAAAAAUGUUUAUUUUGUGCUGCAUAGCAAUGAACCACAUCCAGUUUACUAUGAAUAGUAGAUUAGUUUGAUGGCCGGAUGACUGAGAAUUUUAUCAGAUUAUAAUAAAUAACAGUGGGUUAUUUGCUGUAUUUUUAUUUGUGUGUUUUGUAAAUGCGUUACAGAAUGAGAAAGACUGCCCCCUUAUGGCCGCGGUGUGUACUACAGAUCAGUGGCAGUGGUUGCAGCCUCUGGAGGUCGCAUUUGGAUGCUGCAUGCAUAGUUCUUCUUUCAGAAUAUUAACGAUUCUAAAGUUGUCUAUUAUUCCUAGUUAAUCGUAAAAUGUUAUAUGCUUGUGACUUGCGAAUGUAAUGCUCCGUUAACUGAUAUAAACCAAGCUUGAUGACGUAUGCAGCCUGAAUAUAUGCGACCUACGGAGCCUGCAGAUUGAGAAACGGCCCUCGUAUCUAAUAGCCUUGACCUUGGAUAAAAGUUUGAAAAAAUAAUCUAAUCUAAUAGUAGAUUAGCUAGGUCUUAUCGAGUCAAAUGGUUUGAUGGUUUUAGAUGGAUUUUGAUAUAUAAUUUUUAAUGUAAAUCUUAAAACAUAUGCUUAUUAUAGGACUUAACCUUUUUUAAAAUGACACUUGCU